GGCACGCAGGUCAAAUUACGAACAGUCGCCGUGUGUGUGUGAUGAUUGUGAAUCUCAGUUGUAGUUGAAUGAUGAGAAUCGUAAGUUAAGUGAUACGCGUAUUUUCGGUGAUGUUUUCGAAGUGUUAGUGUUGUGAAGUGAUGGAUACCCCAUCAGGUGGGGGAAGAGAUUCCCGGUUUAGUAUGGGCUAUAAUAUGUCGUUAUUAAGUGGUGAAACGGCACCUGAAAUAUAUUCAAGUGCAGUGCAUAGUAGACCUUCAACCUCAAUAACCUCAGGAUUGUCCAGGUCUUCCUUAUCGUUAUCAAGUGGUUGUGCCAGUUUGCAAAGAGGAAUUAAAAGAACGUCUUCCGAUGUGUGUUUUGAUCAAGAUGUGUCUGGUGUUAGGUCGGGAAUGUCAAGUAUGACAGGUGAUUGUGGUUCGGAUGUGGUAGACGAUCAUGGAUUUUCGUCUGCUCCCCAGAAGGGCUCUCCGCCUGCUAAUGGUAAAAAAACGAAAGGACGUGUAAAGAUCAAAAUGGAAUAUAUUGAUAACAAAUUAAGACGAUAUACAACAUUUUCUAAAAGAAAAACUGGAAUCAUGAAAAAGGCUUACGAGCUGUCAACACUGACGGGGACACAAGUAAUGCUGUUGGUAGCCUCCGAGACUGGUCACGUAUACACUUUUGCUACACGGAAACUGCAGCCGAUGAUCACAUCUGAAGCGGGCAAGGCACUGAUACAGACGUGUCUCAACUCACCUGACCCCUGUCCGUCCGGAUCCGGAGGUGACCAGCGAAUGUCCGCUACUGGCUUCGAGGAGACAGAGCUGUCCUACAACAUCGGCGAUGAUGAACAGAAAGAUGGUUGGAGUACUAGGUGCAAGGAGGAGCUGGGGCUGGAGGAGGCUGGAAGCGGCGGAGACUCCAGUAGCUGCGGGUCGCUGCCGGAACCCCCAGGAGGCCGCGAUCCCCUGAGCACUACCAGCACCAGUGUCAGUGGAGGCCGAGCGUCUCCGCCCGCCAGCGUGCCCGUGUCUGCGGUGCCCGCCCACCAGAACAACAGGAUAUCCAUCGGUAGCGCAGGUGGUGGACCAAGUUUUCCCCUGAUGUACCAACAACCCAGCAUGGUGUACGCUAGCCCUGCCCCCGGUAUGCCGAACGGUGGUGUUAUCUUUAGCUUGGGCAGUGACACAGCUGGUCGCGGACAGUUCAUCAUCCCCUUGCCGCUAGGACCCGCUCAGGCCGCUGCUGCCGACCUGUCCAAAGCCAAGAAAUGACACUCAAACUCACCCCCACCUCCUUCACUUCUGGGAUUUACAUUUUGCUUUGAAUUAUCAUUCCAGCUUUUAAUGGUUUUAAAUGGGCACAGACCUAAUAUAAGUUACCACUUGGAUUUUGAUUCAUACCUAAAUUUGAUUUAUUGUAUGAACUUCGAGUUUAAAUUUUGCAAAUGAAAUUUUUUAAUGCAGUUUUUACAUGUUACAAAAAACGUUACUGCGUCAAUCCUGUAGCAUAGUAAUUGUGGUAUAUACAUAUAACUAAAUUAGUUACUGAUCUAUACUUUUAUUUACAAUGUAAUAUAAGUGUUUAUAUUAUUAUACAUAACAAAUACACUUUGAACAAUAUCUUCUUCAAGCAGAACAACAUAAAAACUUAAAACUUAUUUAGUAGGAAUACUAAAAAUUCAUUUCAUGAGGAUUAAUUUUUAAUAAAUAAUAAAACUUUUAGUUUUAUGAUCGAUAUGUACUAAAACAACAGUGAUUAUUGUAGGCAUUUCCCUCAAUCAUCUGCAAUAUUGUUAUAAAAUAUUACUUUAAUCCAGAUUACAGUGUUGAUAGUAGGUAGAUUUUGUAUACAGAAUCAACUUAUUACAGUUUUCUCAUAACGAAAAUUUGUUCAUAUUUUCAUCAGACACGAUCUCCGAGUUCUAACCACUCCCAGUUCCUAAGUUUUUAUAUAUAUUAUAUUAUAAAAAGCGGCCUGUGAAAAUGAUAACUUCCAAAAUCCAAACAAGUUGAAACUUGUUCCAAAAAUGUAUGUUGUAAAUGACACGGCUAAAAUUGUUUACAAACUUUGUGUACUGUUGUUUUAAUGUGGUGGCCAUUAAAUAUGUAAAAAAUUCACAACUCCAUUAUUUAAAACUCUAUAUAAAAAUUGUUUAUCUACAAAUGUAGUUCGAAAAUAAACCGUAUUAAUGUUUAAUUUUCCAAAAAUCUACGGUACCUACUUCUUCUAACUGAGCUGGAGGAACUAACUUAAGUGAUAAAAUAAAUUUCUCUGCUUACUGCAGAAAUGUUUUUGCUAUGUUUAGUAAUUAUCAAUUAUCUUAUUAUUUCUUACCUUUGCUCAGGCAAAUUAAUUUAUCGGAGCAAAGUAGAUAGAUAAAAAAGUGGUUCUGUUUUUGUAACCUGACAUAUUCACUUAUGUCUGCUGUGUUGCUACUUUCCUAACUUUACCUUUGUUUAACUAACUUUUCCUUUGUUUAACAUUAUGUUUUAGGUUUUAUCCCAUGAGGGAGAAAGCAGUUGCUAGUUUUUAAAAUAUAUUAUUAAUUGUUUGCAAAGCAUAAUUGUGGCAAAUGGUCAUAGCAGUCUUGAUGUCUUUAAAAUGACUCAGGGUGUGUAAUGCAUUUCAAAUGAAGUAAACCUGUUUGUAUAAUGAAAUCAUAACGUAAUUUUGUUGAUCAGCUUAGUGUAUAUUAGAUUAGUGAUAUUAUGUAUAACAAUAACCGAUCCAAGAGAAUCAAAUAUCUAAUUAAAUGUUAAUUAUCAAGCAACAUGGAGUGAGUGUGGCUAAUAUUUGGACGGGUGACCACUGAGUGAUCCUGUCUUUUUAACGAGCCCGCCUAUUUGGCCAUUGGUGGUGGUUCGGAAGUCACCUGUAAAUCAUUGUGCCCCCAGAUUAAGUGUUAGAGAGGGGUUUUUAACCCUAACUUCACCUGGUAAAAUAACAAAUUCUUUAUUUUACGUUUUUACUUUAAUUAACAACUAUUUACUAGGAGAUUUUUUCUAUUUAGGAGAGUUACACCCCUUUUCUUGUGUAAACUUAUUGCAGUACAAUGAGUUGAAACAAAUAACAGUGCAACCUCACUAACUCAAACCUGAAAGUGGUACUAGCUUUCAAUUUAAUGAGGUUCAAGGUUUUAAAACCUGAAUAUUUUAAUUAUAGACAGUCCAAAUUUCACUGAACUCUGUGUUGUAUGAAAUUUAAACAGUUUAACUAUAAGUUGUUCAAGUUUAGGUGAGAAAUAAAAUACCGAGUUGUAAUAACAUUAUUACGUAUUGAAUUAAUUGAAUGUAGAUAAGUUCAUUAAGCAAGUGUAUUGUAAAUUCAUUAAAAUAUAUAAUACUACAUUAAUGUAUUGUAAUUAAUUUCUAAAAGAUAAAAUAAUAAAAUAUUUACCAUGAAUUGUAGUGUAUCCAAGAUACCAAUCAACUACACUCGUUUUGGUUUUAUUCUCCUUACAAUUCAGCACAAUAACUUGGUGCAAUCCAAUCCAAAAAGUAAGAAUUGCACUGUCUUCAGUGUUAAAACUACAGUUACUAAACAUGUGAAGACUCAUCUCUAAACAUUAUAAUUUUUUGUUGCAAAUCGUUGACAGAGCGUGAUUAUUUUUAAUUAUGAGUGAUAGAGGUCAUUUGAGUUGUUCGACAAGUAUAUGUCCAGAAAGACAUAACUUUCAGCUAUAGAAAGGUAAUUUAUCAUCAAUAAUUCAGAAAACUAGAGGUUAUCAAGAGUUUUAUUUCAAAAUAAUCUGUUGUAUAGACGGUAUUGAGUGCAAUGAGAGGGCCAAGGGGAUAAUAUGACUUUGAGGUUCUAGUUACUGAGGUUGCACUAUAAAUUAUUUUUUGUAUGGAAGAAUUUAGUACAUUUUGUGAUUGAUUUACGAUGAAGAAAUAAACUAGUUUUGUACAAAAUAGCAAUUUAAUUAAUACAAUAUAAGGAUUAUAAUUUAUAUUAUGUUUGAAAAAGAUACAGCAUUGCCGAAGAAUAAUUAACCCAUUGCUACCCUGUCAGGAACAGUACUAAAUUAUGCAUCACAGAGACCAUUCCAUAUUGAGUAAGGAUGUUUAUAAUAUUUCUUCUUUUCUUAACAAUAAAUUCAUAUGGCAUUAUCCAUGUAUCAAAAUUAAACAAAUAAAUAUUACACACUCUAUAUAUUGCAUUUCUGCCAGCGUAUUAUGACUUCCCUAAAUUCAUCUAAAAAAUAUUUCUUAGGCUUUUAAAUUGUUAUAGAAAUGAAGUAUUAGUAAACCCUUGUGUUUUUAUAAUUUUUUAUUUAAUCCAUAUAGAGAGGUGUCAGGUGCAGAAAGGUGCUACUGGGUUGAAUGUUUUGUUCAUAGUAAAUGUUGUUCUUAAAUUAUAAUGUAGUUUUUUAUUUUUUGCUUAUGUUGUGAAGGAAUGUCUGUAUAAAUAUGAAAAAUUUAGUUGCUCUGCUUUAUAAAUUAAAAUUACUAUUGAAGCAUAUUUGAAGAAUGGAAUUAUCAGUAUAUUGUCUACUUCAAAAUUGUUAAAUUUUAAGUGUUUACUUAUACUAGGUGCUUUGUGAAUUUUAUUUUGUUAUUUUUAUAAAAAAAGCUUUUAAACGUAGGCCUUAGAGUAAUAAUCUGUGCUGAGCCAGGUCCAGUUGUGAAGAUAGUUAAGGCCUUAAACUGUACAGGGAUGCUGUGGAAUUGUUAAGAUUAAUUAUUUUCAGAGAACUGUUAUCGCUUGGAGUAAAUAAUUUUUAAAUUAUAGUUGGUCAUAAGAUGGUAUUUUUAUGUCGACAUCAAUGUAAAUAAUAAUAUAUAAUUUUUAAUAAAAUUCAUUUAAAAUUGGAAUAAAAUAUAAUGUAACACUCUACAUCAGUGGAACCUCAAUAAAUCAGAUUUUAAUGAGAUUACUGAACAUUGUAUUUUUGAGACAUUUUAACAUAGUAAGUUUUGUGCAGCUGGUAAUGGGUGGAUAAAUGGACAGCAUAUUCAAACUAGUUUGUUAAAGUCUAUGCAAAGAGAUUGAAUUUCAUAUUCUGUGGUCAUGAGGAUUAUAAUUUUAACAAUUUAUAAAUUAAAAAAUACAUUUAACAUGAUUAAACUAAAUAUGGAACUUAACCUCAGGGAUGACUUUUUCAAAAUUUCAAAAACUUGAUUUUUUUAUAGUAGAGAGAUAAAAUGUGCCCAGUUGAGUGCCCAGAUGUUAUUCCAUGUUUUGUCGUAAUUGAGGUCCAUAUUCGGUUCAUUUUCAGUACAUUAAUAUUCUUUUUCUUAUAUGUUGUAUUAAUAAAACAAAUUUAUAUAACAUUCCAGUAAAAAAAGUAAAACUACAUCUUACUGUAGAAAGCUGCCAUCUAGCAAGUCUAAACCAAUCAAUCAAUCUAAAUGUCACAAUUAAUGGGACCACAUUUGGGCUUUGAUCCUCAAUGGGCACAGAUUAUUAUUUAAAUGUAAUUAUUUUUAUAAUUACUUCUUAUGUAAAACAUUCAGAUGGCUCAACAAAAAUAAAGUAAGCUACAAAGUAUAGGGAAAAAACUCUCAGUUUUGUAUUGAUAUAAAAAAUGCAUAUAACACAUGUUCAAAAUUCAAGAAUUAAAAUUCUUCCAUAUUUUUCCUGAGGCAAAAUAUGGAGACUGACAAUAUCAGCUGUUACAGAUGACUGAAAAAUAGUUCAGUAAUAAUAAUAAAGCUGUUAUUGGGCCCAUCUGGGUGUUUAUUUCAGUUGUGGACCAUAAUAUAUUCUUUUAGGUAAAUGUUAAAGUUAAUGUGCCCAAAUGGUCCAUACUCCUUGAAAAUAUUAUAAUAAUAGGUUUUAAAAAUAUUUAACACAACAGCUAACUUAACCUUACAAUUUUAGGAUAUAUUACUGAAAGUCAUCAAUGAAGUUCAGAAUGUGAUCAGACUGGCUAUGAUAUCACCUGUCCUCAGGCCAAGAUAAUUUAUAAUAUCUAGAUUAAAUUUAAUUUCUUAUCUAUCAAUGUUACCUCCAAACUUAUAAUAAGUUUAGUAAAAGCUCUAUCAGAUUUUUUCUCAAUGUUGCUUGACAUAUUAUAUUACUUUAAAUAUUAAAUAUAAUCCAAGGUCGUGUUGCUCAGACUUAAACUAUUAAGCUGUGACUUCUUUCAUUCAGUUCUGAAACCAUGAGGAACUUGAAAUAUCAUACCAUACUUGGUAACUAUUGCUACUUGGUGUUGAUACUCAAACAAAAUAAAGGGGGCAGAGGAACAUUCUUAAAAACAGUAAUUAUAAAUCCUUUAUAUAAUAUUAUUUUUUAACUGUCAACAACAAUUAAAUCUGUCUUCCAAAUAAUACAUACUGGUAUUAAUAUUUUUUAUUCUUAUGUAUAGUAAAGCAAUGUAAGAUCCUAGUUACACUCGAUGAAGAAGUAAGUUUCCGAAAUACAAUCUAAAGAGAGGAGAUAAAUAUGUAUCUUCUGUAAUAACUACAAGACUAGUGUAUAAAUGGUAUGUUUAUGAAAUGACAUGAUGUGGUACCGUACCAAAGUGAGCAAUGAUUGGUGCUAACCCAGAUACCGUAACAAUGUCUGUUGAGGGAUGUGAUGUUUGUUGUAUUGUAUUAAUAUACUGACCUGACCACUGUUUGACCCUGCGAAGCUAGUCUAUAGUUUUUUAUGCUUACAAUCUAAUGUGUUUGUUGUUAUUUCUAAGACACCUAUUUGUUUUAAUACAUUUCUAUGUUUUUUUAAUAAAUUAUAUUUGAAACUUAUAUUAUGAUAACAAUUUUGUGUUCUGUAUAUAAAAACUCAAUAUGCUGUAAAUUGUUGAAUUUAUUUGUUGUAUAUUUAAGGUGCCAUUGCAAACUAAUCUUGAAUUUGUAUUAUUUAAUAAAUAAACAUAUCUUCUAUGA